GUCUUCGUAAAAGAUCAGAUAGAGCAUCGUGGCUUUGCGUAUCCCAGUGAUGCAAUAGAUCCAGCAUUUGCUUCUCCCACGGGCCAGCCUAUGUCCAGGACAUGGGGCAGGUGACCAAGACAGGUCCGCAAAGACCGCCAGACUCGCCAAACCUAAGCAAAAUUCAUGGGCAAAGAGUUGUGAGCACACAGACAAGAGCAGUCACAGAAUGAUCACCCCAGGAUGCCGCUCCUCUUUGCUUUGUUCAUUAAUUUUUUUUCUUUCUUUAGGUCUUUGGCUCAGAAUACAGCCACUCGCUAUAGAUAGCAAAGCGAGUGGAUUAGGGGGGUUUGCGGCAGGGAGACCACACGAUCAAUCCAGAAGUUUGACUCGGGCAAAUAUGCGGGCGUGUCAGUUCCAUAGCCCACACACGCAUGCAGUCUCCCAAGAUGUGUUCCCUCGAGACCGAUGCAUCAUGCCUAUGCAUCCGUCCCUACCGAUUCCACCUGGUCCUCAACCGCCAAGUAUCCCACUGAGCCUCUUCCUCAAGGCUCAACCAAGUCCAUCUUCCGUUUCCAGGUCGUUAAUGCCCUUGCACAUCUCAAAUCCGUCGCUCAUUAUAGCUUCAUUCCAUCGGGGUUGGGGACUGCUGGCCAAGUCAACCCAAAGAUGUAGACCUGGCUCUGUAGCGUAGUUCUGCCGGUGCCCCGUUUCAAAGACGGGGGUGUCAUAUGUACGUUGAACAGUAGGUUGUUGUGGUGUAAGCAGCAUGGGAGGGUAAAACGCCAAACGCCAAUGCUCGCAAUAACAGGGUCGCAUAGGGGGGUGUCGUAAAAUCGUCAGGAAAACAAGUGUAAAAGGGUGUGAAUCGAAG